AUGGUUUUUCAUGAUGUCAUCCAUUCAUCAUUGUGAGCUGACCGGCCAAUCCAGGCUUGGGCAGCAUUCAAGAUCAGAAGCGGGGGAGACCCCAGGACAAAUGUGCAAAAGGCCCCUGAGGAUGUACAGACAUGUUGACAUCAGUUCCACAUAGAAAGACUUGGAAAUCGAAGAAGACAGUAAAAGUCACGAAGUCUUAUCCAACCUUCCCUUCCCUGAAUGCCUGGGAAGAAUUCAGGGGCCUCCUGCCUGCGGAUGCAGAACCGAACUCUGGGGUGGGUCUAGGUGUGGAGGAGGGACUGCUCUGCCAGAUGGUUCAUUCUCCAGAAUUCAACCUAUUUCCUGACUCAGUGGUGUUCGAAAGCAACUUUGUCCAGGUCAAGAGGGGCAGAAACUGGAUAAAUAUCUACAAAGCCUCCAACACUAUGGCCCUUGGGGUGACCUCCUCCGUGCCCUGCCUGCCCCUUCCCAACAUCCUCCUCAUGGCUAGUGUCAGAUGGCAUCAGGGGCAGAGCCAGACAUGGAACAGACCAGCUACAGCCCCAAACAUCAUCCUGAAGAGGAUUCUCCCAUUAAAGUUUGUGGAGCUCCAGGUCUGUGACCACCUCCAGCGCAUCCUGCGGUUAAGGACAGUCACUGAGAAGAUCUACUACCUAAAGCUUCAUCCAGAUCACCCUCAGACUGUCUUCCGCUUCUGGAUCCGACUGGUGCAGAUUCUGAAGGAAGGCCUAUCCAUCACCACCAAGGACCCUAGGAUUCUUGUCACCCACUGCCUGGUACCCAAAAACAACUCCACCCCAUCUGAAGACUCUAAGUUAGUACAGAAGAAACUCCAAGCCCCCCAGCCCAGUGAGAGCCUCAUGCAGCUGAUGGCCAAAGGCGAGAGUGAGGCCCUCUCUCAGAUCUUUGAGGACUUGCACCAGCAGAAAUGCUUCAGGAGAAACAAAAAGAUGAAGAUGAACAAGGCCUGCUCAGAGAAAGCUCCUUCCCGGAAAGAUGACAUCCCUUGCACCCAUGACUUCAGCUGGAGGGAAUCGCUCACUUACGGAGAAUGGGAAAGAGAGAACCCCUCCGGGCCGCAGCCCCUGUCGCUGCUCAGCACGCUGGCGGCCUCCACCAGGCCGAGGCUGGUGCCACUCAUAGGUACGCUGCGGGGACUCAUCGGGCUGCCGUGAGGCGGCAGCCUAUGCCCCCCCCCCCCAGCCAGGUCCGGCCUGUAGGUCCUGAAGGCUAUCCGAGAAUACUCUGGGCCGAGGGUGGGGAAGGCUGGCCACGGUGACCUCAUCCACUUUCCUGCCCUGCUCUCUGAUUUAACAGGGCUGAGUGAAACGCUCAGGGUGGCACCUCCAGAGCUCCAAGAUUUCAGUAAGUGGCUCUGAAGUGACAGAUGCUCCUAGAGUGAUGCCAUGACAGCUAAACCUCUCACUCCUUGCUGUGUGAGGCAGAACGAAGGCCUCUGUGGACUUCUUAUGGACUCUCCCCUCCUCCCACCCCCUCUGGGAGCUCUUCAUGGCCUUCCUACUGCAGGGGUUGGGGUACAGAGAGGCAGAAGGAGCUGGUUACAGGGCUGGGACGGGAGCAAAGUGAGCCUAGGGCCCCAGUGGUUCUCUCCUCAUGUUCCAAGGCUCCCUCCAUCCAUCACCCACUCAACAAGCAUUUUGUGAAGUACCUCACAUUCCUAAAGAAGCUUUAAGUUUUCUAAAGUAGGAUUUUAUUGUGAACCCUUACAUCCCCCAAGAGAUUGUUAUUAAUAGUUGACAAUUUAAAAAAUUAGGAUAAGUAUAGUA